GGCCGCCCCGGCUGGCUUUUCCCUCCCCCCGCUUUCCCUCCGGCUGGCUUCGGGCUCCGGCGUCUCCCGCGGUGGGGAGGGGGGCCGGCCCCGGCUCGGGGGGCUCCGAACCGCCGUUCCCCGGGACGGGUGGUGUCCCGUCCCCCUUCCUUCCCCUUCUUCGCCCUUCCUUCCCUCGUCCCCGCCGCGGCCUGCGCGCCGCCACCGCUGCCGGGGCCCCGCCGGUGCCGGCUGCCGCGGCUUGUCUCCGGGCAGGCGGUCGGGGCGUGGGGAGGCCUCUCGGGGCAGGCCUGGGCCGCCUGUAGCGUGCGUGGGCUUGCAUUUCCGCGCGUGGGCCAGAGGAAACGUGCGGCCCUGCUGCUGACGGCAGGUUCUGACCCUCCCUGUGGCCUCUGGCAGGUUCCCUGAGCCCGCCGCAGAGUUUCGGGAGGCCAUGGAGCGGCACGUCCCCAUUCACGCCCUGCCCGAGGAGAUUCGAAAGAUGUCCCGGGAUGAGACAGUGUGUAAAUACUGUGGAGUCAGCUAUUUGAUACUUCAUGAAUUUAAGGUGAUGGAAGAAAAAGUAAAAGCAAUGGAAAAGGAAAUUAAAUUUUAUGAAGGAAGUAUAGAACGGGAAAAAGGACUUCAAGCAGAAUUGCAGUCUCUUUACCAAGACCUUGAACACUACCGAGCUGACAGUGAAUCAAAAACAGAAAGGAUAAAAACCCUAACAGUGGAACUUAAAACCAAGCAAGAUGAAUUAAAAAAAGUGAAAGAAGAUUUGCGGUAUUUCCAAGAGGAAAAGGAAGCUGCCUAUAAGCAAUCACAAGUGCUUAGAAAUACAUUGGAACACCAUUGCUCAACUCUGAACAAGGCUGUCUCACUGUUCCCUUUUAUUAGAAGUGAACUAGACAGUAUUAAAGAAGUCAUCGCCAGUAACCUGGAGAACUGGGCCGCCAUGAAAGAAGAAAUUUUUCUACAAAUAAAAACUGUUAGCAAAGAAGCUUUGACAGAAAUACCCAAAUUGAAUCAAAGAUUAGCAAAAUCCCAGAGAGAGAAUGAAUGCCUCCAAGAAAAGGUAAAACAUCUGACUUUGGUGGCUGACACAGUUGAGCUGAAAACUCAACAGCUUCAAACUUCACUUCAGCAAGGGAAUGAGCUGCAAAGUAGGUGCCGUGAACUACAAAAGGAAACAUUAGAUUUAACAAAUCAAGUAGAGACAAUUGGACUGAAGCUGCAGAAGGUAACAGCCGAGACAGACCACUACAAAAAGCUGUUAAUGGUGAAAUCAGCGGAACUUGAUGUCUGUCAGAAUGAACUGAAAAAAAUGAAAUAUGAAAAUGGAAUUUCUGAAUCAAGACUUAUGAAAGAGCUCAAGGAAAAGGAGGAAUCUCUUCUAAUUUGCCAACAAGUAUGCAAACAUUUACAGGAAGAAGUGGCUGAGAAAGAAAGGAAAGAAGAAGAUCUAAAAAGAAGAACCGGUCGAUCAGAAAGUGAGCUGGAAGCACUUAAAGCUCUUCUUAGACAAACAGAGGAAGAGGUGGUGAUGUUGAAACAAGAAAGGGAGUUAAUGCUGAUUUCUCAUCAGAACAGAACAGAGCAGCUGCAGGAAACAUUAAGACAGAAGAUGCGGAAUGAAGAUAACUGGAGGGAGAAGAUACCAGGAUUAAUAUCCAGUGCCACCAAUAGCUUAAGGAAGGAGACAGAAAUUCUUGAAAAGAAGCUACAAGAUGCCCAGAUCAAACUUGCAGAGAAAGAUGAAGAUAAGGAAAAAGAAAUUCAGAGCCUUAAAAGACUAAUUACUGAACUUGAAUUUCAGCUGACGAUGGAAAAGAACAAUAAUGAAUCAUUUCUGGAUAAUAUGAGGAAAGAAAUUAAACACAAGUCAGAUGAACUGGAAAAAUUAACCCAGGAGAGGACACAGCUGAUUCACAAUUUGAGUCAAGUUCAAGAGGAGAACACUCUUCUCCAGGAAACGGUGCGCAGAGAGUGUGAGGAACGCUAUGAGCUGACUGCAGCUUUGACUCAGGCCAGGGAACAAGUACUGGAACUAAAAAAGCUCAGUGGAAACUUCCCGUUAUCGCCGUGUUCCCUGACUCAGGGCAGCCUAACCUCCUCUGCUGCCCUGCUCGCUGAUUAUGGACAGAAAAGCCGCACGAGCCCCGGCGCUGGGAAGGAAAUCAAUCUCUCCAGACAGUUUGGUAUUUCAAGAGCUGCUAAGGCACCCACCUCCAGUAAGCGUAACAGCAGCGGCAGCGUGGGCUUGCCGGCUCUAACCCCACCACAUCCUCCAAGAGGAAGGGCGGCUUCGCUGAAUGAGCCCAGGAGCAGGAUUGCUGCAGUUAUAAGACGACAACUGAGUCAGCUCUGACAGCUACGUACGCAUGCAUAGCACAUGAGAAACCAUUCCAGUGCAUCAAAUGACCAUUUACUUGUGGACCCCUAGGGUCAAAUCUUAGCCAAUGCAAUUCAUGCAUUUCUACAACUGUAACUUAAUUUUAAGUUUUAUAUAUUUUUGAUGCAAUAAUGUUUCUUUGACCAUUGCGUAUCAAUGUAAUUAAAUGCUAUCAACAUUUCAAGAUUAGAAAAGUAAAAAAGAAAAAAUAUUGUCUCUCCAAGAGGAGCACAUGUUCAAUAUCUGUAAUUAAAAUAGCUGCCAGUUUCAAAUACUGUUUUCCCUAACCACUUUAUUGGAAUUUACCUAUUUUGUGUGUUCUCCCAUGUAACUUAAUUGCUCGUUUUUGGUGUAAAAAUGUGAUUUGUUCGGUUAGAAUCAGAUUUUUGCAAUGAUUUAAUGGAGUAUGUUAUAUUUGCAAAUAUUUAUGCUUAGGUCAGUGAGACUCGCUAGUUGUGGAGUAUAUAUCACUCAGCAUGAAAAUGUGGCAAAUCUGUGCGCUCAGUAGACUAGCCAUUGGCAGGGACAUAGCUUCCUCUGUGUGCAAGUCUUCAAGCUGUGCUAAUUAAGAAGGAGUUGAAGACUUAAUAUAUUUUGUCCAAAAGAUGGUUGCCUCUUGAAUUUCAUCGGAAAAGUGUCUUUUUGUCAAGCAUAGUUUUUAGCUUCAGAGUAGACAUGCUGGCGUUCUCUGUAAAAUUGUUACACAGGAGGAUCAAUAUUUUCAUUUGCUGCUUGACACAUGGAGCUGUGGUUUGUUUUGGGGCAUGAAAAGCCCAGACGAGUCUCGGUUGUCGUCGUUAGCGUGCAGACGCUGCAGAAGUGGCUGCUCUCCGAACAAGGCAGCUCUGCUGUUGGGGCAGUUUGUCAGUGCGGAGCACUGGCUGGGCUAAGUGAAACAGCAAUGGGUGACGCAGACACAGUCUGAGAUUUUACUUACUGCGUCACCAGAUACUCAAGCGUUUUGGUCAGAUAAGCCCAAACAGGGCCAGUCUGGUGAUAGUCACUGGUUCUGGUGACAGCCUGGUGGUUAUCAGACCAGGAGAGGCGAUGAAGCAGGCCCAAGUCAGCCUGGCGAGUCCCUUGGGCAGAGGUAGGCCUACCAUGUAGAAGGUAGACCUACCACACCAUGCAGAAGGUAGAUCUACCAUGUAGACCCAGCUCGGGCGAGGGCUGGGGCCAGGGCAGGAGCUUGAAGCUGAGCUCCUGGGCCCAUGGGAGCCCCCAGCACGGGGGGGGUCAGACCUGCUGGUGCCCCCAGUGCCCUGGGAGUCACUCUCUUGGAAGACCACCAUGCAUCUUCUGAGACCAUCAGCUCUGACUUGGAUGGAACUUCAUGGGAGGUAAGUUAGAGGGGAGCAUUUUGCAGACUCGGAGUGUGCAUAUGAAGAACUGGACGACUGAAAUUGCUUGCUCCUGUUUCAGUUUUGGGACUGGGUUUGCUUUUCACUCGGAGUCAUGGAGUUGCUUCUUCACAGGCCACUUUACUUGUAAACCCAAUACAUUUAUAAUCGCACCAUGAACCUUGACCUUCUCAUUAUUUCUGAGUGAUGAGGUAGUCCUGUAUGUGACAAAAUGAGACCAAUGUCUUCAAUGCUGGAGAAGAUUGGAAAAGCUUUGCUGAGUCCGAUGGCAUGGCAGGGAAUGCGUUUUAUUCAAUAACAUCAGUGGAAGAAAUGACCAUUGUAGAUUUAGCCUCUGGAGCUAGAUUUGGAAACACGCUUUGUCUUAAUCGGCUUCUGUUCCCACUGAAACCAGCGGUAAGCCUUACCUGACUUCAGUGGUAGCAGAGUUUAUCCAAAAGCUCAAAAAUCCUCUAUUCACAAAUUCCAAAAGCACCAAGAAAUCAGAAUUACAGCAAUUACUCUGGUAGCUGCUGCUGUAUAGCGAUAGUGUACGCACUCUGCAGUCAGCUGGCAGAUUGCACGGACCUGAACUUGACGGUCCUCUAUGCACUGACCUCAGAGAAACUGUUAACAAAAAUCAGCUGGUUGGGGUGCGUUAGAACCGAAGACAAAUAAUGUCCCCAGGAGAGUGUAGACUCAGGUUGGUGGAGGUCUGAGCCCGAAAAUUCACCUUUCGGCUUUCCUCAGCUUUGGCUCAACAGGAGGCUCGCUGCCUGCUGGGAAUGAGGCCGGCUUGCCUUCCCCGAUGCAGAAGAGCCCGGCUGUAGCUCCCAACCCAAGCAUGUCCUGAUAGGCUCUAUCCUCCCUAUGCUCAGUGGAGGCUUGCCCAGUUUACUAAAAUGGGAUUAUGCUCAAUACCGAUUGACUAAUUAAUUGGCCAAUGGCAACAGUGAGUCUUAAGCCCAACCAAGAUAUCUGGGAAACAGUGGGAACUGUCUCCGGGAUGUGCUGACUUUGCUCAGUUAUUCGUAUUUUUCUUAAAGAUGU